GCCUUGUUCUGAUGGGAAACGGAUUGUGGAGGGACCAAUGCAUUCCAAACAUCCGCUCUUUUACGGCAAUAUGUAAAUAAAUUAUUGGUUUAUAUUACAUCAACGCGCAAUACUAUAAAUAUAUUUAUUUGAUCGUUUAUUCAUAGUAACAAUGACCAAGUAAACCCAUGAUGUCUGAAAAGAGUUCUGCAACAGGAUCUGAUCGAUUUAAAUACCUGCAGAUGCUUGUCACUGAGUUUCAGGACACGGACAGUGAUGAAGCCAAAGAACAAGUUUUGGCCAACCUGGCCAACUUUGCCUACGAUCCAAAGAACUUGGAGGACCUAAGGACCCUUCAGGUGAUUGAACUCUUCCUGGACAUGCUCACAGAGGAGAAUGAGAAUUUUGUGGAGUUUGGAAUAGGGGGCCUGUGUAAUCUGAGUAUGGAUCGGGAGUGCCGUGACCAAAUCCUACAAAGUGAAGCCAUUCCUUUGGUAACCGGUUGCCUGUCUAGCCGGCGGGAGGAGACUGUGCUUUCUGCCAUCACUACGCUCAUGAACCUCACCACUCCUGCCUCUUCUGCCCAAACCACUGAUGCCGCAGUGCUACAGUGCAUGUUGCGCUUCUCCAUUUCCCAGAGCCCACGCCUGCACAACCUGGCAACAGUGUUCCUUCAGGAGUGCUGCACUGAGGAACGGGUGGCCCAAGCAGAAGCACAGAUGCUGGGCCACCAUCCCACGGCGCUUGGGAUCCCCCUGCCCAAAGACUAGGCUAAAUCAGAGAGAAAAACAACAGCUAGCUAGAUCUCACUUCUGUUCCACUAGAUUGCUGGAUGUUAUGCUCUCUAAGAGAGAUGUACUAUCACUUACGUAUGGAUAAUGACUCAGAAGGAGAUUGUUUCACAAUAACCUUUAGAACCUGGAGACAAAAGAAACAAUUUCAAUUCCGUUUUGGAGACCCUGCUUUGCUUAUUUUCAUGAAAGCCUUUGAAUUCAACAGGCUAUGUUACUCUUGGCUAUUGACAAUCUGGAUUUAUGGCUGAUUUAGAGAGAACCUGAGAACCCCAUAUCUUUUGAUAUGGGGUCUGGCUCAGCAUCGCAGUGGUUGAAAUCACGUUUGUGCUGGUCCAUGCUAGCAGGAUUAUUGAAGGUGUUUAUGGAGGACUUAACUUUGGGAACAGGCAAUCCAACAAAAGCUCAUCUAAAUCUCCAGCAUUUGUGUGUGAAUACUUGUGAAUCCUUGCUUUGCUUGUCAUUUGGUCCCAGUAUCAAGUCUCUGCAUUCAGUUAACACAUUUUAAGUUAUCUAUUUCUUUGUCACAUUGUGGUCCAUCACCUCUGACAAACACCUGCAAAUGGAAUAAGGUCCAUAUGAUUUUCUGAUUAAGUGUGCAGUGUUAUUAGGAGCCUGGUCAUUGUUGAUGGUGUUUAUACAGUUAACUUUGGUAAAAGUGUGCAUAAGAAAGCUGUUCAAAAUAAUGAAACAUAUUUCUAGUGCGAUUUGCUAUGCUGAUCAAUUGGUCACUAUAAAGCAAUAAAAAAAAGCCUCUCAGUGAUUUUUUUUUUUUUUUUAUCAGACUAUUUUCAAUUUUAAGUAUUUAGACUAACCCCCAGCAGAACUCAGAAGCACAACAAGCAACACAUGAUCCUUUUGGCCCUGUUUCAGGGUCUCCCAUCCAGAGAUGGCGUAGACUUCGCUCAGGCUCAGGUGCAGAGCAUAUGUAUCAGAGGAAAAGAGGAAAUACUUACCAGCUGUGUCUGCGUGCUUCUAUGUAUGCGUGCUUCAGAGGCGUUUUAAAGUCUUAACAGAUAUUACCUGCAACUGAGGUCAAGGGGAUAGCUAAACACUUCUUUCGUCCAUUAUCAACAGACAAACCGACACCGGCUUUUAAUUAUGCAACAUGUUUUAAUUGACAAGGCGGUGGGGU